UAGGAAUUUUGAGUUUAUUUGUUUUAUUUAAUAGAUUUUUUUAUGUCAAAGAUAUCAAAGAUUAAACAUAAAAAUAUUGAAGUUUUACAAGAUAUUAAAAAUGAUCUUUUUAUGGAUAAGGAUGUUAAAAAACGGCGUAUUUCUGAGGAAAAACCACAUAAUCUAGAAUUUAUAAGCAAAAAGAAAGCAUUUGGAUAUGAGAAGACUUUGAAAUCUUUUGAGAAUGAUUUAGAAUGUGUUUUACAAGAGUUUUUAGAAAAUGAACAGGAAGACAAGAAUGAAAAUCAGAAAUGGGAGAGACCUUCUUUACCUUUAAUUGAUCCAAUGAAUGAUGAUAUUUAUUUUCAACAAAUUGAAAUUGAUGAUACUAUGAGUGUUUCAGGACCUAUUCUUCGUCUUUAUGGAGUUACUGAGCAAGAGAAUAGCGUAUUAUGUAUAGUGACAGGAUUUUUUCCAUAUUUUUAUGUUCCAUUACCACAAGGGUUUCAUGAAGGGCAUAUAAAUUCUUUUAAGAUGGCAUUAGAGAAUGCUAUUAAUUUUAGCAACAAAGUUAUAAACAAUAUUGAAUUAGUUAUGAGACAAACAAUAUAUGGAUUUCUGCAGGAUGGAAAGACUCAAUAUAUUAAGAUUACUGUUAAUGAUCCAAAGCAUAUUGCUAGAGUUCGUAAUUUAUUUGAACGAGGUGAUAUCAAUUUUAAUAAUAUGUUUCCUCCACAAUAUAUAACUUUCGAAAGUAAUCUUCCUUAUACUUUAAGGUUUAUGAUUGAUGCAUCUAUAACUGGAAUGAGUUGGAUUAAACUUCCAAAAACUAAAUAUUUAAUUGCAAAUGAAAAAACGUCUAAUUGCCAAUUAGAAGUUUUUGUUGAUUGGAAGGAUUUAGAAAGUUUUCAACCUGAAGGAAAUUGGCAAAAAAUAGCCCCAUUACGGAUUUUAAGUUUCGACAUUGAAUGCGCUGGAAGAAAAGGUGUUUUCCCAGAGCCGGAGAUCGAUCCUGUUAUUCAAAUAGCCAACGUUGUUACUUUGUAUGGAGAGAAAGUACCUUUUAUAAGAAAUGUUUUCACUAUUGAUACAUGUGCUCAAAUUUCUGGAGUUCAAAUUUUGAGUUAUGCUGAUCAAAAGGAAUUAUUACUGGCAUGGUCUAAGUUUAUCCAAAAAAUGGAUCCGGAUGUUAUUAUCGGAUAUAAUAUUGCGAAUUUUGAUAUACCUUAUCUUAUUGAUAGAGCGAAACAUCUUAAAAUCAAUGAUUUUCCGUAUUUUGGAAGGGUUAUUAGACAAAAAUGUGAAAUUAAUAAUACAUCAUUUUCAUCCAGAGCAUAUGGUACUAGAGAAAGCAGAUUUACAGAUAUAAGUGGAAGAUUGCAGUUGGAUAUGCUUCAAAUUAUGCAAAGAGAUUAUAAACUAAGAUCAUAUACUCUUAAUGCAGUUUCUUCUCAGUUUCUAAAUGAGCAAAAAGAAGAUGUGCACCAUUCUAUUAUUACGGAUUUACAAAAUGGGACAUCAGAAUCAAGGCGUCGACUUGCUGUUUACUGUUUAAAGGAUGCAUAUCUUCCACAACGUUUAAUGGAUAAAUUAAUGUCUUUAGUUAAUUAUAUCGAGAUAGCUAGAGUUACAGGUGUUCCUUUUAGUUAUUUAUUAUCUAGGGGUCAACAAAUUAGAAUUAUUAGCCAACUUUCUCGUAAAGCUCGUGAAAAAGAUUUUAUUAUUCCUAAUAUUAGAUCAGAAGGAAUUGAUGAGCAAUAUGAGGGAGGAACUGUUAUUGAUCCAAAGAAAGGAUAUUAUAAUAUUCCAAUUGCAACUUUAGAUUUUACUUCUUUGUAUCCAUCGAUUAUGCAAGCACAUAAUUUGUGUUAUACUACUCUUAUUAGUUAUAAACAAAUAGAAAUGCUAGGUUUUGAAAAAGAUAAGGAUUAUCAUGUAACACCGGAGAAUUAUUGUUUCGUUAAACCACAUAUUCGUAAAGGUCUUCUUCCACUAAUUUUUGAGAAUCUUUUGGCUGCUAGACAGAAGGCUAAAUUGGAUUUGAAAAAUGAAACUGAGCCAUUUAGAAAAGCUGUGCUUGAUGGAAGACAAUUGGCUUUAAAAAUUUCUGCAAAUUCUGUAUAUGGAUUUACUGGCGCAACUAAUGGGAAGUUACCUUGUCUGCCUAUUUCAUCUAGUGUAACAUCCUAUGGACGUCAAAUGAUUGAAAAAGCAAAAGAUGAAAUAGAAUUGAAAUAUACAGUAGAAAAUGGAUAUACUCAUAAUGCUCGAGUUAUAUAUGGCGAUACUGAUUCUGUUAUGAUUGAUUUUGGCGUAAAAGAUAUUGCAGAAUCUAUGAGACUUGGUUGUGAGGCAGCUGAUUAUGUUACAAGCAAACUUCUUAAACCUAUUAAAAUGGAAUUUGAAAAGGUUUAUUUUCCUUAUUUACUUAUUUCUAAAAAGAGAUAUGCUGGGUUAUAUUGGACAAGACCGGAAACAUUUGAUAAAAUGGAUUCAAAAGGAAUAGAAACAAUACGUAGAGAUAAUUGUCGUCUAGUUUCCACAGUUAUAGAAACAGCUCUUCGAAAACUAUUAAUAGAUCGAGAUAUAGAUGGUGCCCAAAGUUAUGUAAAAAAAGUUAUUUCUGAAUUGCUUCAAAAUAAAAUUGAUAUUUCAAAUUUAGUUAUAACGAAGACUUUGACAAAAUCAGAUUAUGUAAGUAAACAAGCUCAUGUAGAAUUGGCAGAAAGAAUAAAAAAACGAGAUUCUGGUCUAGCACCAACUCUUGGUGAUCGUGUAGCAUAUAUAAUUGUUAAAGGUGCUAAAGGUGAUCAAACUUUUUUGCGUUCAGAAGAUCCUAUUUAUGUUUUGGAAAAUAAUAUUCCUAUUGAUACCAAGUAUUAUCUCGAUAAUCAGUUAUCAAAACCUCUUUUAAGAAUUUUUGAACCUAUUUUAGGUGAAAAAGCAAAUUCACUUCUUUCUGGAGAUCAUACUAGAACAAUUUCAAUGACAUCACCUGCUAUUGGCGGACUAGUGAAAUUUGCUAUUAAAACAGCAACAUGUAUAGGAUGCCGAAUACCAUUAAAGAAUGGUUGUAAUACUGCUGUAUGUAACCAUUGUAUAGGAAGAGCUGCUGAAUUAUACCAAAAACAACUCAAUAUAGUUAGUGAUUUAGAAAUUCGUUUUGCUAAACUUUGGACACAAUGUCAACGAUGCCAAAACAGUUUGCAUCAGGAUGUACUUUGCACAUCAAAAGAUUGCCCCAUAUUUUAUAUGCGUAAAAAGGUUCAAAAAGAUAUGAAAGAAAAUAUAGAAAUUCUGGAAAGGUUUAAUGAAGAUUGGUAAAAAAAAAUAUCAAUUAUUUUUAAAUUAUUUUAAAAAAAACAUGG